AUGCUUGUACUAUCAGAUUAUAUUAUAGCUCAAAUCAUAUCUGUUAUAAAUGAUGAUAUAGACAAGAUAUGCUUUUUGAUCACGUGCAAGCGAUUGAUACAACUGAGACGGUUGACUAGGUUCAAGACAUCUGACAACCGUUCAAACUUUGUCAUUGACAAUACAAAGUUUAAUAAUAAUAUUGCUUUAAAUACUAGUAGUAGAGGUGUAAAUAAUAAUAACAGUAAUAACAAUAAUAAUAGAGCUGUAUUACAAGAGAGUGACAGUAGUAGUAGUAAUAGUAUUAAUAGUAAUAGUAUAGGUAAUAAUAAUAAUAAUAAUAAUGAACAUUUAUUAUUAUUCUUACCAUUUAAUAAUCAAGAACAAAUUAUACAACGAUCAAAUUAUUUAAUAUCAACUUCAACUUCACCUCCUACUCCAUCAUCACCGUCUGUUCAACCAGUGACAACGACAUCAUCAACGACAAAGAGAAAUUCAUUGGCAUCAUCUUCUUCAUCAUCAAAUGAGAUUGUUGAAGGAUGUGAUAGUGGUAGUUCAACACCAUUCAUAUAUAUUGUAGACAAGGAUAAAGUGGAAGUGUCACCAUCACUAUCAUCAAUGAUCAAUGGAGAUUCAACGUUGGAAGUAGAGAAUGAAUUGAAAUCAUUGUAUGAUCAACACUAUCAACAAUACCAACAAUCAUUUACACAUUUAAAGUUUAUGGUUGCACCUUUAACCAUUAAACCUUCAAUGAUACCAUCGUCUGUAACCCAUCUAAAUCUUGGAAAAUUACAAUCUACCGAUUCAAUCAUUGAAGGUUGUUUACCAGAUACUUUAAUUUAUUUAAAUCUUGGUUUUCUUUUCGACCAACCUCUUGGUCCCGACAUUCUCCCACCGCGUCUCACACAUCUCUCCUUUGGCGCCAACUUUCAAUCACCUACCCUAUGUCUUCCACAAUCCAUCACGCAUCUUAGAUUGGGGUCAUCCUACUCUCACUCGAUCCAACUACCAACACGAAUCAAAGAGUUGUGUCUGUUGUACCAACCAAACUCAACCAUUCAAUUCCCACAAUCCAUUACGCAUCUGACAUGGUUUAUUGAAAACAUUGAACAGUUUCUACUGACCAAUGACAUCAUGUCCAUCAAACCAAACCACGUCACUCAUCUUUGUCUCGCAUCAAACUAUAAUUACCCUUUGCCGUGUAGUCUCAACCCUCUCUUUUCCGAGCGUGAUCGGUUUGGUUAUUGGCUAAGUCAGUCCAACACCAACAAACUCAUCGAUCAAUACCACUUUUAUUUCACUGGUGACAAUCCAUUUGUACAUUUAUCACUGGCCACUGAUAUCAUCCAAAGCCGUCCACUCCCAACCAUCAUCAAGUCACUGUCAACCGAUCGGUCAAAGUCAUUCCAACAAUUGAAUCGUAACCUGAUUGGAAACCUUGAUGAUUUUGGUUGUUUUGUCAAUCACCACAGCAUAGCAUUAUCACUCAUCACCAAUAUGAAGCGGUUCUCUGUAUCUACUCUAUGGGGUGAAGAUCAUCCCAUUCUUGGCACGAUCACCUAUCAUCUACGUAAAAUAGACAAUUGGUUAUUGGUAGUCUCUGGUAUCGACGGUACUGGUGGUUUUAUAGAAUUGACAGAUAAUAAUCUAAAUAGUAUAGAUUCUGUUAAAUUAUUAUCAACCAUAUUUUUAAAUAAAUAUAAAUCAAGAAAUCCUUCUUUAUUUUAA